AUGUUGAUCAAUACGUUUUUGGACACGGAGGAUUUCGUGCAUUUAUAUUAUCCGGAGGAUGAGGCGCCUGCUCCCGCGCAGGGGUGUGGUGCCGGCGCUCGGAUGGCGUCCAAGUAUCCAGCGCGGCCGCCUUCACCUGAAUACCCACAGGUGUCAGCAUCGACGAGCGAGAUGACAGAGCGCGAGCGUUAUCGUGCUCCGCCGCAACCGGAGCCGCCGCCGCACCGUGUCCGCGCGGCCGACCUAUACCCGCGUCUGCGCACCCACUACGACGAGCCCGGCCUCGACGCCGGCUUUACACCUAUAUGCGGCGAAUUUGUACAGUGGGUUGGCCGCAUGGCCGACGGAGGCACGAUAGCGAUGUCAAAUUACAGAUUGCAUAUCCAGCCCAAGAAAUGUAUUGGACCAGGACCUUCUGUACCUGUCCGGCUUAUAGAUGCAGUGGAGAUACGUGACCUAUUGCAUUUGAUAGUACUCUGCAAGCAUGGCCGGCAAAUAAAGGCGUCGUUCGCCACAGGAGAGCAAUGUCUUGAAUGGUGGCGACGGCUGAAUACGGCCCUGGCCCCCCUCAACUCCGUGCAGGAGACCUUUGCGGCCGCGUACGCUGCCUGGGCGAAGGAACAGCCCCCGGCUUCGGUGCACAGAGCACUAAUGCGGGCGUCACACGCCCCACACAGACAUUGGUUCGGCCCCGAGGUGGAGCGUAUGGGUUUCACUAGUAGGGGAGCAUGGCGAGUGACAGCGGCCAACGCAGAAUAUAAGUUGUGCCCCUCGUAUCCGCCGCUGCUUGUGGUGCCCGCCUCUAUAGGAGACGGGGACCUAGAUUCUGUUGCGAGGUUCCGUGCUAUGCGGCGGAUACCAGCAGUUGUUUGGCGUCACAAGGGUAACGGCGCUGUGAUCGCACGCUCGUCUCAGCCUGAGGUGGGCUGGCUCGGUUGGCGGUCCAGCGAGGACGAGAGAUUGCUCGCCGCCUUCGUGUCAGCCUGCAACGCAGACAGGGGCAGCAUGCCUUCACACUCCAACAAGCAACUCAAACUGCUAAUAGUAGACGCACGUUCGUACGCAUCCGCCGUAACGAAUCGCGCCCGCGGCGGCGGCUGCGAGUGUCAACAGUACUAUCCAGCUGCAGACAUACAGUUCAUGUGUCUGCCUAACAUACAUCAUGUCAGACGCAGCUUCCAACAGAUGAGGACACUGGCGGCCGAACCAAAUGACCAGUCCAAUUGGCACAGCAACCUGGAGCGGACGCUGUGGCCGCAGUACGUGUCGGGCGUGCUGCGCGCCGCGUCCGUGGUGGUGCGCGCCGUGCUGCACGGCCGCCCCGCGCUCGUGCACUGCUCCGACGGGUGGGACCGCACGCCGCAGAUUGUGGCCACCGCGCAGCUGCUGCUGGACCCACACUACAGGACGCUACAGGGAUUCCGCACUCUGAUUGAGCGGGAAUGGUUAGACUUCGGUCACAAGUUUGCAGACCGAUGCGGUCACCAAUUCGGGCCGGAAGAGCCGAACGAGCGGUCACCUAUCUUUUUGCAAUGGCUCGACGUCACCUACCAAUUGAUGCUGCAACACCCGUGCAACUUUGAAUUCAACGAAGCAUAUUUGGUAAAGUUAGCUACUCACGUCCACUCGUGCAUGUUCGGCACGUUUCUGUGCAACACGGGGCGUGAGCGAGCGGAGCGACGCGUGAGCGAUACUACCGCGCAUGUGUGGCACCUGUUACAGGCGCCCUCAUACAGAAACCAUCUAUACACACCACCGACUGAUCAGGCGAUGGAGCAGCAGGUGCUGUGGCCGGAGUGCAGCGUGCGCAGCGUGCGCGUGUGGGCGGGCCUGUUCGCCGCCGAGCGGGAGGAGCCCGAGCGCACGCCGCCCCCGCCGCCCGCCGCGCCCCCCGCACCUCCACGACCCGACGUACACAACGGACUAAUGACAAAGACUAGAUCGUGCGACAAUCUACAUAACGAGAGCGAGAGGAGAACAACGCAGAGGAGAAGCAGCGAUCCGAGCUUGGCGCCCGAUGUUUUGAAAUUGUCAGUGCCCGCUACUGACAGCGAGACACGGCGAGUAGUUCGCGGUGCCCUCACUGACAGUUGCGUCGAUGAAUUGCCCGGUCUACCUUCCACUUCUACGGAACACGAUCAGGUGGACGGCCUCCAUCCUGAUCACUUCGAGAACACGUCACAGUUGCCGCGCGACAUCGCCAGCGGCUCCUCGUCCCUGGAGCGGGAGCUGGCGCCGAAGGUGGACGAGCCCGCGCGUGACGUCACCGGCGCGCGUGACGUCACCGACGCGCGUGACGUCGCGGGCGCGCGUGACGUCACCGACGCGUGUGACGUCACCGACGCGUGUGACUCGACGGUGGACACCACGCCGGACAUGGACACGCCCGAGGAGCCCGCCGUGUUCCUCGGCGACGCGUACACGGACGUACUGGGGAUUGCCGAUGCGGCAAGAGAAACAGGCAGAUCUCGCAACAUAAGUAUCACGUGGCGUUCCGUAUCGGAAUCUAGCAACCAAUCGUCGACCGGCUUCGAUCUGACGGACAGACCGACUGUAUCACACGAACCGUCGCCGGAUAAUCACAACGAAACCGAGGAGCAGAGCACCAGUAGCGCUACGGAUGCGGAUCUAGCCAAUCACAACGUAUUAGAGCUGACCAAUGGGAACGGAACAACCGAUUGUGCGGAUGCCGAGGAUGACGUCACUGCGAAGUUCUUGGAAGUCGAGCUAAAUGGCGGCGGCACAUCUAGCGUUAGUUCGGAGAGUGAAGGCGAGACUGGGGUGACUAGACGGGCGACGGGCAGGCGGCACGGCAGCCAACAGACGCUGUGCCCCGCGUCGCCGAGGAGAUGUUGCCGAUGUAGUCGUGCUCACCCCACCACUAGUGGUAUAGAUACGUCCGGCGAGUCUGGCGGGGACGCGUGCUGGUGCUACGUGGGGGGCGGGGCGGCGCGCGCGCGCUGCACGUGCGGGGGCGCGGGCGGGGGCGCCGACCCGCUGGACGGGCUGCCCCCCGCGCCCGACCCCACGCAGCAGCGCCUGCACCAGAUCAUACUGCAUCACCAGAAAGUAGUAGAAGAAUUGAGCGGUCAGUUGCGUGAGGCACGCGAGUUGCAGAAGCAGAAGCGCAGCACGUCGGGCAGCGGUAGCGGCAGCAGCGGCGGCGGCGGUAGUGGCAGCAGCGGCAGCGCCUCCGAGGUGGAGGUAGCAGAGGAGGCGCGCGGCAUCGUGUGGUUACCCGACAGUGCCGCCUCGCGGUGCCAACACUGCAGCAACCACUUCUGGUUGGCGCGCCGGAGACAUCACUGCAGACGAUGCGGCGGUAUCUUCUGCAGCUCGUGCUCUGAGCUGAGUCCGUACGGCGAGAUCGGAUCUGUGCGCGUGUGUCACCGCUGCCGAGCGCUACGGUGA